AGUUUAAGUGUAACAUAACCUUUUGUCUGUGGCUUGUUAGCUAGCUGUUAAAAACAGCUUACACAACUAGUACAAAUUAUUAAAGUUUAAAACGGACAAAUGCUUUCCCUAAAAUACAAAUCUGUCAUUUGACAUACUGUAAAGUAUAUUAACUGUGCAGUAAAAUAAGGCCUGUAACAUUAUAUUGAAAUCAGUCAAGACUCAUGUCAGAAGCUAGUCUGUAAAUACCGUAGCCUUCGGCAAGUGUUUUGCUUAGGGCGUGGGGGAGAAAGAUACAGAUACAUAAGUGUCUGUGUGAGAGGGAGAGACCGAUAAAGAGAGACACUGCUGCUGCUGACGGAGAAUUUGUUGAACACUUCAAAAGAAACUACAGCUCGUGUGACUACAAACACACACAUCAGAGUGCUGCGCUGCUUUGCCGGAGCUGGCAACACGGACGCUUUUAUCCUGAUUGAGUAACGGCCGGACAAGAGAGAGACAGACAGCCCUACAGCACCUCACAGCCGGCAUUUGUGCAAGAAGUCAAGGGCAAUCUAAUGAUAAAGGGACUACACGCCGGUUGACUGUUUAUUUAGAAGUGCUGUCGAGCAGAAACGAAAAAAUCUUCCUGGAAAAGAGCUCGUGCCAGAUCACACGGCACCGCAAUGCGAAACGUCGAGCGAAGAGACGCUUAAACCAGCACAACUGCAUUUAACAUGGGCGAAAAUAGAGGAAUUAGCCGCCACACAGACAGCGGAAUCGUGAGAAAUGUUCUCUGUUCCCGUUCUGAGGUAAAACACCGCCGUGAGACUGCAUGAAACGACUGUUUUCGAGAUCGUCUACUAAUCUACAGAAGUGCAUCUACAUACGAGACAGCACGCGAUAAUCUGGCCGAUGAAUUAUGCACGGCGAAGCAUGAAUAAUACACUGAGGGGUGACGCUCGUUUUCAGAGACCGGCCGGUGCCCGACGGUGUCCCACAUGACCUACUUUCAAAAGCUUUAAUGCAGGAGAGAUGCAGCCGCAGUGAGCCUUCAGCACUGAAAAACAAGCUCACUGUUUGCUCAUAUGUGUGACCGAAGUUGUGUGGACCUCAGGUGACAUGAACGUCAGGGCCGGAUCGCUCACUUGGAAGACUUCAACAGUGGUAGUGAAGCAUCCUUGGCGAUGGUUUUUUUAAUUGUUCAUAGUUUUAAAACGAAUCUACUGCGCCGAUAACUUUGAAGACUUGAGCUAACGGAAAAAAUGGACCCUGGAGCCAUUGACCUUUGCACUUGCAACAGCAGGAUUAUUUAUUUCUCCUAAAACCUCAGUCUUUUCAGCACAUGCUGUUGGGAUUUGUAUUGAGCCAUGGGAUUUGCCUUUGCCCGCUAAAAUCUGCACACGAACUCCAUAAAUGCUUCUAAAGGAUUAUUAAAAUGACAGUUUUACCUCUGUAAUGUCAUACAGUUUGACAGCCGAGCGUUCUGUAAGCAAUACUAGUUAUUUAAUGACUACCUUCAACAGCGUAGUGCUAGCUAUGUAUGUUAUUAGUUUAAUAAAUCUAAUUCAACAAUGACUCUAAGCUCAGGAGAUAGUUUUUUUUGUUAAUCAGUGAAUUCGUCUUUCGGUCAAAUCAUGUUGUCCGUUCCAUUACUACGUCACACUGACGUUCCACCGAGAGUGACUGAGAACUUCAUUCUGUCUGGUUAUCGUUUCCCCAACUACAGCCUACGGCAGUGCCUAGUCUCUGCUUUUCGUCCCACCAAUGAGACCGGAAACUUCUGGACACACUUCCUCCCCAUUUUUGUGUUCGCCUUUCACUUUCUGGAGGUUUUCAUGUGGGAAGGAGCGCCGGAACCUAGCAAUCCUUUUUUCUACCCUUUCUGGAACUACUUCCUGGGGGUGUUGUACCUGCUGCUAGCCAGCAGUCUGGCUCAUCUUCUCAACUCCAUGUCACUCAUCAUUCGUGAAAUCUGUUUCUUUGUGGACUAUGGGACUAUUAGUGCAUAUACAGUGGGUUCCUCACUGGCAUAUUACUACUACAUCCAUCCUCAAGCAGGAAUACCAGAGAUUGGAUUCGGUGGACCAAACUCUACCCAAAGGAAGAGCCUAAACGCUGAUGAAGAGGCUUGGCCCUCUGCAUCUUCUCCCACUCAGUUCCAGCUGUUCUUUGAUAGCCUCUACAUCCCAUCCUCCUGUCUGGUCGCUAUCAUUUGUGUCAUCACCUGCUGUAACACCAGACAGUGCUGGCGGAAGUACCGCUAUGCUGUCCGCACCCUUGUCUUCCUCCUUCCGUUUUUCAUCUCCUCCACUCCUGUCUUCUACCGUCUCUCUGCAAGCUGGCUGUCAUCCUCCCCUCAUCUGUUCUCCACCAUGGCUGCCUUCUUCUAUCGCCAUUGCUUUUGGCUGGUGGUAUCUGCCCUCUUCAAUAUCAGUAAGAUCCCAGAACGUUUUUCUCCUGGGAACUUUGAUAUCUGGGGUCACAGCCAUCAGUGGUUCCAUUGCUGCACCUUCCUGUCGAUCCUGGAUGAGCUGCAAAUGAUCAAAGUGGAGAUGCAGGCCCUGCUUCUCAACUCAACUUUGGUACUGUCACCUGCAAUGCCACCUAGGCUCGCUGGACCAACACUCUGGUCCACCUAUGGGGUCAUGUUGCUCCUGCAGGGGUGCAUAGCGUGCAUUAUAGCCUGUUUUGGUUGGCAGGCGUAUCAGAUCUACGCACCAGAGCAAAAAAAGCUAAAGGGACAUUAGGAGACACUGUAUGCUGAUCAGGUUUAAAGUUAUUAUCUUGGAUUUUGAUUUUUUUGAGCAAUGUUUUAAUGAUUUCUGCAGUAUGAACACUGAGAUCGGUCACCCAAAAAUGGUAAUUGUCAUUAUUUACUGAUCCUCAUGUUGUCUCAAAACUCAUAUGGCUUUCUUUCUUUUGCAAAGCACAAGAUAUUUGAAUUGUUAUGAAUGGGACCUGGGUCUUUCAAGCUCUGAGAAGGACAUAAAGGUAACAUGAAAUGAAUCCAUAUGAUUACACUGGUAUAUUCCAAGUCGAGAUCAAACUUUAAGCCUUUUGUGUUCCAAUGAAAUGAGGGUGAGUAAAAUGAUGACAUAAUUUUCAUUUUCGGGUGGACUGACUGAAGUUUGAAAUGGCCACCAAAAAAAGUGCUCAGUCAGUAGGCAUUAUUUGACAAAAAUUGUGAAUGUUUUAGCAGGUUUCAUUGUAAGGACUUUGGAGGGAGGCUGUUUUUGCUGUCAGGCGGUCAAAGUCCUUGUUGCCCUGUAAUCAGCAAGCUGACUCUGCCACAUUUGCUCCCCAGGGGCUGUACUGUUGAACUUCCAGAAAGCUUUCUCUCAAGAGGGGUUUAAAAUGACGCAUUCUCAGUCUAUCUAUCUAUCGAUGUCUGGCUUUUUCUCUCAUCCGCCCACUCACAUUUCCUCCCUCUUUUUUAGCAAACCCUUUAAACAGGAAGUGCACACAAACACAAAUAGCUUCAGCCAAAGUGUUUGAAGCAAAGGGAAAUGAGAGGGGUGGAGUUUACAUCACUGUAGUGCUAAACUACACCCUUCAGUUUUUAAUGAACCAUAUAUUUCACUUUAUACUAUCAUUACUUUCAAUUAUAGAUCUUAAUUAAGGUGUGUGGCAGCAUAGGUAGUAACUGUAGAUUUCAGUUGAAAGGCUAUAUCAUAAUCUACUGUAACUAUGCAUUGCUAUUGAUUGUAUAUGCUUCUCUAUGACUUGACAUUUGGUUGAAGGCCUUGGUGGUAAGACUGAAAGGAGAAAAACAAAGCCAUAUCAUUGUUGAGAAACAUAUCAGCAAGUACUGUUUUUACUGUAAAGGCCAGUUUUGAAGACACAGGUUAACUGUAGUCAUGGGCUACACAAAAAUGUCUGUGGUAAAUCAUAGUUAUUAAAAACUUCCUUCAGGUGCCGGUCUAGAAAGUGCUACUAGUGGGCUGUAUUCAGCUUUAUUGUACUGUUUACAGCCAUGAGUUGUCACUGGUCUUUCUACUGGAUAGUUGAAUUUUCUUUCAUCCAGUCAGAUACGUUUUUGAGUAAGUGGUGCUCUUAUAAGAGAGUGUGUUAGUGAAACACCUGUUGACAAAACAUACAGGUUAUUUAGUCUGAGAGUUUGGUGUGGUUUAACAAUAUUUGUGAAUUUCUGUGUGAACAUGUCUUUUUGUUGCUGUGAAUGACAACUUGAAGUCAUUGAAUCAGAUGUUGUAACUGUCAAAAAAGAUGUUAUGUCUCUGUUGUUCUGUCCUCCAAUUUCAAAGUCAGGCAGGCCGAAGAGUUGCAAUAGGUGUGAGGACAUAUUAUAGCUUUUUUUUCAGUUUUUAAUGUAUUUCAUCAUUCACAGGGAUUCAUUCAUUAUUCAUUAAUAACUUGAGUUUAUAAAGCCUCAUACUUAAUACUGUUUGUAUCCUAUAAUGAGAUAAAGAAUUUGUUACAUUGCACUGUGUUGCACAAGCGUAAUAUUAAAGUCUAGAUAGAAUAUAUGAUUUGCACAUAAAUGACUUAAUGUUUUUGAGCUUGACAGGGACCCAAUGUACAUAUUAUCCUGCUUGAAUAGAUUGAACUGGGUUGUCUACAAAGUUGGACAACUUUUUAGAUCCGGAAGGUUUCAGCAAUUUUGACAGAGCAUUGUUGGGCUGCUUGCGACUUUUGUUUGCCAUUGUGCAGGUCUGGCAACUUUGUGCGGUCAUAUUGCUCACCUUAUGCUAACACUUCAAACCUGUAAUAAGAUAUAUUCUACAGAUCAAAUGUACAAGAGACUAAACCUGUAUCAAAUAUGUUCGCUCUGGAGAAAACACCAAAAUAUGAAUAUUUAAAAACUGUGUUUAAGUCAGCUUGAUUAGAAAUAUCUAGUUCUAGAACAGUUUGUCUAGAACAGUUGUAGUUCUCAGGGGAGAAGACAGAUUAUAGUCUUAAUGCACUGAAAACUAUGCUGUAUGCCAACUGCUGUAGUGUGAGUUUAUAGUUAUGGUUUACUUGAGUAAAUCAUGCUAAUAUAUCUUAUUUAAUAAGAUAAAGGCUUGAACAUAAAACUAGAAUACUUAUCAGUUUAGUGCAUAUUAAUAUAUUAGAGUUAUUGUACUGCUUCUAUUUCAAUCUGUAUCAAAAGAUGAAUAAAUUUAAAUGGUAAAUCA